AAGCCCAGCCUUUCUCCUGCCCUCCGCCAUCCCAAAGGGAGCUUUCUUCUUCCUUGUGUUACCGGAAGCAAGAGAGCUCCUGCUCCCCUUGCGGCACGCCGAGGUCGAGAGAUGGGAGGAGAAGAUGGAGGGGAGGUGGAGAAGAAGGGGAGGCCGAAGUUCGCGGUGCUGCUCUGCGCCGACGACUCCGAGUACGUGAAGAAGACCUAUGGAGGGUACUUCAAGGUGUUCGUGGGCCUGCUGGGAGAGGAGGGCGAGGCGUGGGACUUGUACCGGGCGGCGCACGGCGAGCUGCCAUGCAUGGCCGACAUCGAUGGCUAUGACGGGUUCGUCAUCACCGGCAGCUGCAACGACGCCCACGGCGACGACCAGUGGAUCAAGGACCUCGUCUCCUUCCUCAAGGCAUUGGACGCCAAGAAGAAGAAGGUUCUCGGCGUCUGCUUUGGCCACCAGAUCUUGAGCCGAGCUCUGGGCGGCAAGAGUGGCAGAGCCAUGAAAGGAUGGGAUAUCGGCGUGACCUGCAUCCACCCAUCUCACUCCACCAUCAAGCUCCUCUCCUCCCUCCACAUCCCCUCUCACCUCCCUGUCAUAGAGUGCCAUCGCGACGAGGUGUGGCAAGUGCCUCCCCAGGCAGAGGUGAUGGCGUGGUCGGAGAAGACCGGAGUGGAGAUGUUCAGGUACGGAGACCACAUACUGGGCAUCCAAGGCCACCCUGAGUACAGCAAAGACAUUCUCCGUCACCUCCUCGAUCGCCUCCUCCAGCGAAACCUCAUUCAGACUUGCCAUGCUGAAGCGGCGCAGGCGAGCUUGGACGCACGAGAACCAGACCGAGAGGCUUGGAAGAGGCUCUGCAAGGGCUUCCUCAGGGGGAACCUCUCAUGGCAGCUGUAGUUCCUCCGGCUUCAACUUCAACUCCAUGAUCUAUACAUAAGCAUCAUCAAGUGCUGCUAAUUGGAUCGCUACUCGCGUUCAUACAGUAGGACUGUGUAAUCUGGGAAAGGAACAGCCAUUUCAAUCUACUGUAAACUUCUUUGUCAUUUGUCGAACACUGUGUUUCAGCUAUUUGUAUUGUAGCCAUCGGAUGACCCAACGGAGUUUGUCCAA